AUGAGCAACUUCAUUAAAACCAUAUCCAUAUUUGGUAGUAACAAAGAUAUUAAAAAUAAUAUCCAUUUAUUAGGAGAAAAAAAAUUAGCCUAUAUUCAUGAUAAUAUUGUAUAUAUUAUUAAUAUAGAAAAAAAUGAUAUAUACAUAUAUGAUAUACAUUCCUCUCCUGUAUAUAUACUUAGACAUUCGAAAUUAUUAAAUUUGUCAGUAACAUGCAAUUUUAAUAAUUAUGCUCAAGCUAAUUAUAUAUCCAUAUGGGAUACUUACCAAUAUAAAGAACAAGAUCAUAUAGAAAUAAAAAACAUCUUUAGUUAUGAUUGUGCUUAUCAUAUAUUUAAUGAAUGUGAAAAAAAGAGAAACAUUCAACAAAAUGAAGAGAAGCAUAAUUACAUAUUAGAUAUUUGUUUUGUCGAGGAAUUAAAAUGUUUAUUAAUAUUAACGGAUGAUCCAUACACAUCGAUGAGCUUAUGGUCCCUGACCAAUACUACAAAACCUUACUUAUGUAUACACACAAAUAAAAAUCAACUGACCAAUUUAUCUAUACUAUUUAAUUAUAAUAAUUAUAAAAACAAAAAAAGUUUACAUAUUAACAAAAGUAUACACUUGGAUGAGCUAUUAGAAGAUCUAACAAUUUUAACAUACGGUUCUUCAGAAUUUUAUAUAUGGUCCUUUUCUUUUUACUUAGAAGUGCGUAUUAAUUAUUUUAGUCCAAUAUAUGAUAACUUAUGUCCAUGUUAUAUUAUCACAUGUAUUUAUCAUAUAUGUGAUGAUCUAUUUUAUGUGUCAACAAGUAAUGGUAAAAUUUAUUUGUUUGAUAAAUAUAUUGUAAUAAGAUAUUACGACCUGUUCAAGUAUUGCAUUUUAUUAAUAUUCCUUUUGAACAAUCAACUUAUUUGUGUCUUAGAAAAUGGAUAUAUUUAUAAAAUAAAUAAGAAAGAUCAAAAUGUAAUUUCUCAUAAAUUAAAUAUAAAUACAUUAAUUCAAUUUUAUUAUAAUACAAAAUUUAAUGUUCACAUAAAUACCAUAAGUGAGCAAAAUAUAAUUCGCUCAGAGGUUUUUCUUGAAACUUUAUUAGUCCUCACAAAUAAUUAUAUUAUUUUAAUUAACUUAUGUAGCGAUGAGAUAAUAAUACUAUACGAAUUAAUUGAAGGAGAUAUUUAUAUGUCUACAUUUCUGUACACAACUAAUAAGUAUGUUGUUUGUGUGUCUUCAUUCAUUGAGGGAGGAGAAAAAAGCUUAAUUAAAAUAUUCAACCUUGAUAACACCCUAGGAAAGAUACCUUUAGUUGUAAAAGGAAAAUUGAACUGUAUAACAUCUAAUCAUUUCAAAGAAGAAGAAUACGUAAAAAAUCAUUCUUUCAAUUUAAAAAAUUCAUGUGAACGUGUAUUGAACUCUAAUUUAAGAAAUAGGGGAAAUAAGAAAAUUAUUUAUAUAUUGUCUAUAAAGAAUCAGAUUGUAUUUUAUGAGGAGGUUGGAUAUAUGCUUCGUCCAUUUUAUUUUAUAUCAUAUUCACAAGAUAGAUUUGUAACUUGUCUACAAUUUUGUAAAGAUAAGAAAUAUUUAUUUUGUGCAUGUAACGAUGGUUCCUUAUAUAUUUACCUAAUUUACGAAUAUGAUAAUCCCCAUUUUUAUAGCGACCAUAAUAUUAACAACCUUCAAUUUAAAGACAUGAAUAAAAAUUAUUGCAUAUCCUUAUAUAGAAUGUUUAGGAAACGUAUGGAACGAAUUAAUAAGAUAAAAUUAUUGGAUGUCCAAAAGUUAAUUUUAUUGGUUAGCUCUAAUAACAAAAUGUAUUUAUACAAUAUACUGGAGAAUAAAAUUAUACAUAUUGAUAAUAAUACAAAUUUAUAUGAUUUAUCACAUUUCCAUUUAUAUAAUUCUGAUGAUAAAGAAUAUAUCGAUUUUUUAAUGAAUAUUUUGAAAAAUAAUAUUGAAGAAUACGUUUCCUUCCAAAAUAAUAAAUGUCAUGAUAAAAAAAAAUCAUCCAAAUGUAUGCAUCUAACCAACAUUUUAAAAAAUAUAAAUUAUAUUUACAAAAUUAUAUAUUUUGAUAAAAAUCAAACGUGUGAUAAUAUUAUAAAUAAAGAUAUAUUAACAACGGAUAUAGCAUAUAUUAAUGAAGAAAAUAAAAAUUCAGAUUAUAUUACACCUAAAUAUAUGAUAUAUAUAUUUAACAAGGUGGUAUGUAUUAUUAAUGGUAUACGUUAUGAAAUAAUAAAAAAAUUAAAAGAAAAUAAGUAUUAUGGUAAUGUUAAGCAAAAAAAAAUAUAUCAAGACAAUAAUUUAACUUCGUCAUGUAACAAGAUGAGUACACAUAUAGAUCAUAUGGUAACAAAAAAUAAAUAUAAUAAUAAUAAUAAAAAUAAUGAUAAUAAUAACAAUAAUAAUAACAACAAUAAUAAUAACAAUAACAAUAACAAUAAUAAUAACAAUAAUUAUAAUAAUAUAUAUAAAAUGGUGCACAGUCUACAUAAUGAAGAUUACACAUGUAACAUAUUUGAAAAACAUCUAUUUAAAAGAACUCCUAUUUUUUAUAAAGAUAUAUUAUAUAGCGAAAUAAAUUAUUCUGGACAUAUUUUAUUAUGUUCCUUUAAAAAUAUUAUACUCAUAUAUUCAUUAAAAAAAAAAUAUAUACAUUAUCCUUUUCAAUAUAAUAAUAUAUCAACAGGUAAUACAAUAAAAUGGGAAUACGAAACAUUUCCAUUUUUUACAUACAAGAGUAAUUAUCUUAUGAAUGAAGAAAAAUAUAAAUAUAUUGAUUUUACUAUUGUUUUAAGGGAUAUAAAAAAAGAGACACCAUCAAACAUAAACUCACAAACAUUUUAUAACUUGCAUACAUUUGAUGACAAUCAAAAAAAUAACGAUAUAAAUGAAAAAGAAAAUAUAAAAUCUACGAGUAAUCAGAAUAAUUAUAUUACUAUUGCUAAAGAGAAGGAAAGGGAUAUAGGAAAGGUUCUUUUUAUAUAUAAUGAUUAUUUAAACUUUAAUUAUUUUAAAAAUAAUAUAUGUAUAAAUCCACAAAAAAAGAAAACACAUCCAUCGAAUAUAUUCAACAGUAGUAAUAUGUUCAGUGUGUUAACUCCCCUUUAUUCUUUUAAUUCUGGUGGUACAAAAAAAAAUAAGUAUAAAAUAAAAGUGCCUUAUGCAAUAGAUCAUAUAAACGAAAAGGAUCUUGAUGAAGACAAUAAUAAAAAUAAAAAUAAACAUAAUAUUAAUAAUAAUAAUAAUAAUAAUAUUAAGAGACAAGUGUGUAGAUCUCAAUAUGUAGAAAAUGAUAUAAAUAUAAUAAAUAAAAAUAAUUCAAAUGAUAAUACAUUCUACUAUACAAUAGUUACCUCCAAUAGCUCUUAUGAUAUCUUCGUAUAUAUAAAAGGGGGAUGUAUUAAUAAAAUUGAGAAAACAAACAGAAGCUCCUUAAAAUUUAUAUGCACCACAAUAGAUGAAGAUAACGUACUUGAAAUUGGUAUACCAGAAAAAAAGGUAGAUUUUUAUGACCAAAGAAUUGUAGUACAAAUAAAUUCUUUUCAUAACACAUGCUACUUAUCUAUUCCAAUGAAAAACGAUAAAAUAUGA